AUGGAAUUGGCGCCGACUUUACAGAAUUUGGAGACGAUUUUACGGAACGGCGAGGAUUUUUCGGAACUUGACACCAAUUUUACGGACAUGGGUGACGACCUUACGGAAUUAAUCGACGACUUGACAAAAUUGGGCAAUGAUUUUACGGAACUUCGCGACGAUUUUACGGACCUAGGUAACGAAUUUACGCAAAGAAGCGACGAAUUUACAGAAGUGGACAACGAUUUUACGGAAUUAGAAGACUUACGGAAGGGCGCGACCGUUUAA